UUCCUUAUAUUUUGCAAUUUUUUUUAUUUUCGUCAAUCGCUAAUUGAAUUCAAUAUGAGUGGCUGGGUUGCAUACAUCCAAACUCUGACUGACAGCUGCAAUGUCAUCUCCAGAGCUGCAAUUGUUGGACUUACUGAUGGAGGGAGUGUUUGGGCUAGAACGGAAGGUGACAAAGAAUUUAAGGCUACUGAGUCGGAACUCAAGAAGUUUGUCGGUCUCUUUGACAAUCUUGAUAGUGUUCCAGGAACUGGCGCAGAUCUAGAAGGUGUUCACUACAUUGUGCCGAGAACUGAGGAGAACCUCAUUUUUGGCAAGAAGGAUAAGACCGGGUUCUUUGCUGCUAAAACCAAGUCAGCAGUGUUGAUUGCUAUUUAUGAGGGUGAAGCGGCUGCUGGUGCUGAUGUUCGUGGGGCUAUCGAAUCUUUGGCAGAAUUCUUGGAGAAAGCAGGAUAUUGAUGUGCAAAAGACUCUCUAUUCGACCAAAAUUGCUUCUCUGCUUUUAUUAUAAUUUGCUU